CCCAACAACUACAACUACCACCCCGACUACUACAACUACAACUCCAACAACCACAACUACCACUCCAACAACUACAACAACCACUCUAACAACCACAACACCAUUAACCACCACUACGCAAACAACGACCCCGAAAACCACAAGUACCACUCCAACAACUAUGUUAGCCACAACUAAAACACCUGCCACAACUACUGCGAACACCCUAACAACUUCAAUGCAAGCAACUGCGGCCCCAACAACACCAAAACAAAUAACCACAGCUACACAGACACAAGACAGCACUACGGCUGUACCCGAUACAACUACACCUGCUUCCCAAAGUCCACUGCCAACAACAUCCACAACUCCAUCCACAACUCCACAAACAACUGCUGCGACAGACGAACUUUUGAAGAUGCUGAUUAUAGGCGUGUCCGUGGGCGUGUCCGGAUUACUGCUCAUCAUUCUUAUCUCUGUUGGAAUAUGUCUAGCCUGCCGUGCUAUGAAACGAAACAAAUCUCCGCAUGGAAGUUCAGCCCCGCCUUCUGUCGAAGUACCAGAUAUGUACAACGGAAAGGUCCCAUCACGCUCCUCGGCUCCGACCCCUGUAAUGUUCAACAAUCCCUACCUGUCUGAACUCAAUCCCUCACCAUCGCCACUAUCGCGCAAUGGACGUGCGCACACACCAGCAAUCUAUCAGUCUCACCAUCUUUCACCACCCCAGUCCCAAAAGUGGUUACCAUUUUACGGAGGCUAUACAAAUCAUGGUCUACAGGCCGACAAUGAAACCAACUCUAACAUCCAACGUCAACCUUGCACUGAUUUAGAUAUGAGACACUCACAACAUUGUUGAAAGUUAACCUACGUAUUAGUUGCCAUGACAUUGAUUUACUUUACUUUAAGUACUGUAAAUAUGAUUAUUUUCGCAGGGGGUUAAUUUCGCCAUUUCAAUACAUAAACUAUACGCGUGGUGGUAAUUUUUGCGAUCGAUCCACUUUCGCUUGAAGUUCAAUAUUACGCAAAUUGAUAUCAAAAUAAAAGGAAUGGGGGAAAUUUUCGCGAACAAAAUUAGUUCUUCUAAUUAGCGUGAACUUUCCCCUCGCGUAAAUUUCAACGUUUACAGUAAAACAAAAUCUGAGAAGAAAAACGGAGACAGAUAACAGAUAUACUUAUAUCUUUAUAUAGAUACACUAUCGAUGAUUAGUAAUGGAUAAAGAUGAUCAGGUAUUUCCCAUGACACUAACAACCAGGACAAGUUUUCGAACUUCUAGUCAUAUUUUUGUGGCAAUGGUGUCGUAAAAUGAAAAACCACCCUUUUGGUUUAAUUUGAUAUGAUUUUAGCUUCCAAUGGGCCAGAAAAAAAAAUCGUCAUUUCCCUUUAAUCAAUGAAAUAACACCAUUUGAAUACGAUAGAAACACGCGUUUUCACAUCUGAGAUAUGACAAUCUCAUUCACUUCUUGACAUCCUGUUUUUCGAAGGCCUUGGAGGAAAAUGCCAAUUAUUGUAAUUUAUUUUAUACAUAUAUGAUGUUUCCAUUUAAAAAAAAAACAUAACAAGUGUUCAUUUGAAAUAUCUAGAUUUUAUAUUACAUUCCUUUUUCAAAGGAACCUAUAUGACGUAAAAACUAUUUUCGAAUGUAAAAUAGCAUGUAAACGAACUAAAGCAUUCUUUGUUUUAGGUAUGUAUUGUGUUCAAAACUAUCGUUGUCUUGUACUCACAUUUUCUUUGAAAACACCGAUUCAGUGUUCAUUCCUAGCUGUGGCGCACACUUUAUAACACAUUAUCUGUUAUUAAGAAAAAUGUUACUUACUUUGCUAUAACAAAAAAGAGAAGACUUUUCUUACUUUUCUUAUCACAAACCACACAUUUUAGAGAAAUUGUGCAAUCACCUAUUCCUUCAAAUAAUUAAUAGAAAAUUGAUAGAGCAGGCAGGUGAGGAUUUUUUUAUGAGACUUACACUUUCAUAUUAUUAGCUACAUAUAUGUCGCAUGACUGAUAAGAGAUGUGUUGUGAUAACGCUAGUGUGAAUACUGGUAUGUUUAUCAUAACACUAUGCCAUCAUCGCAGGUCGUUGUUGCGCUGUAGUUACUGGACGUCAAUGUCGAAUCCCAGUUAGUAGUUCUUGCGUCAUACAUAUAUAUACAGUGAAACCUGUCUAAUCCGACACUAUGUGGGAGUGACAUUUUUGGUCGGAUUAGACAGGGUGUCGCAAAAGUCAGGCAUUUGUUGUUGACUACACUUGGCAUCAAGGAAAUAUGGUAUAGUGUCGGGUUUGACAGGAUGUCGGAAAAAUCAGGUGUCGGAUUAGACAGGUUUCACUGUAUACACGAUUUGAAAGUCGUUGUUUGUUGUAACAGCUGUUUGUUUCAACUUUUGUUUACUUAUCAAUAUUGUCAAAUUAAUUAUAUGAUUGUUUGACAUACAGAGUAUAUGAUACCUUUAGCAGUUUGGGCGUCAAAAUGUUUGCUUUAAACAUGUUCAAUUGUUGUGUUUUUCCCCCCAACUUGCAAUUCUAAACAAUUCUUUUAAAGGUCUUUUUGAUGAAGAAGUGAAAUAUUUUUGAUAACGUAAUAUGACAAACUAAUGCUUUUUCUUAAAAUUCGGGAACAACGAAUAUCGACGUACUGUCACUGUCCUAUUUCAACUUGAUGGUUUAUAAGACAUCAUAUUUCACAGGUGCUGUUUUCUGUGGCUAUAAACCUGAUUUACAGUGAUCAAACAGUCUGUUCCAAUGCCUUAUACAGUAAACUCGCAAUGUGUCUCCCUUGCUGUUCAGGUAUAUACUGAUGCGUUAAAUAUUUAAAUAUAAAGGAUUAAUUUGGUGGGUAAAAUUUGCAAUGCCACCAGAACAGUCCGGCUGUGAUACUGUGCUUAUUUUUCACAAAUAUUCACAUUAUAUAUAUUUUGUUUUAUUGUUAAAAUUCUAUGACACCCUUGUUAUCAAUGUUAUAUUGUAUGUGCAGGUCACAUUUCUGUUUUUAAGCAACUGUUGAAAAUAAAUAAUAACAAAAACAAUUUCA